GGUGUACUAACAUAUUUGCACUACAAAUUAAACCAAAAUACUUGAUAAUAUUUUGUGUUUUUGCAGUGUAUAACACUGUCAUCCUAAUUUUGCAGCUCAUUUGGAUGCAUGAGUCUGGCGGUGGUCCAACAGAUCAACUGGAAAUACCAAAAUCCAUUAAUCCGCCAUACAAAAUGUGCUAAACGACUAAAGGCUUUUUGAAGUUGAUGACUAUUGCUCAUAAAUAUUCCUGGCUGUAGGUGAAACUCACCCAAAAUAAACAGAAGCGUCUGACUCAGUGGCAUUUUUAAUCACAUUAUUCUAAAUGUAAGUAAUUUAAAUCAUUAAAUUAACUGUUUUCAGCCUUUAUGAGCUCAUUUUGGCCAAUUUGGCCCUAAAUCGAACAAACAGAAUCAAAACAGAUUGAUUUAGAAAGAAAUUGACCGAGCUUGUUGGUUUUCCAGCUGAUUUUAUUAUUAAAAAUAAGAUAAGAUGAGCAUAAAAUCAUCAGGAUUCCUCUCUGUUGUGCUUAAGCUGUGCAACAAUAUUUGGCUGCAGAUUCCCCGAUUCCAAUCUGAGUCGCAAAAGAAGAAAAAGUUUGUAAUUCAGCAACUAAAUGUUUUUUGUUCACGUUAACGGUUUGGUUUAGUGGUCAGUACAUGCAUGAACCAUGAGAGACCUUGAUUCUGUGCCUGCAGCUCUCUGACUGUCCUUGCAUGGAAUAUAAAAAGAUAUUUUUAGCAGAGUUUCUCAGCAGUUCAACUUUGUCACUUAUGAUGCAGACGUGAAUUUAGACUUGAAGGUAAAGGAAAUUCUAAAUCCGGUGCGUUAAUUCUGAGAAUUAUUCAGAAUGAAUACAUCAUGCAGCUUUUCUAAAAGCAGAGGCAAUUCAUAAUUGGACAUUUUCACUCAUCAAACCAUAUUUUUAAUAAUAUUUUUAGUGUUCAUAUGUGAUAAAAUCAAGCUUUUCUGAAAAUGUUGAGUUCUUUUUUAGCAUUUUAUUAAAGAUGGAAGAGUUAAAUGGCAGAAAAACUAAAUAAAAUCCGUGGUUUGAGGAAGACGCAACAACCGUUGAAGCAAAAACGCAAACAUUAAGAGUUUGAAUUUUAUAAUUUUAAACGGGUAGCAGUAAUUUUGUUUUUUUUACAUUUUUAAAAUUGUCACUUUUUUACCUGCUUACACUGUAAACUUCUCAUAAUGGAGCCGGUUACAGGAGUCACUUAUUGAGGGUGAAACCAGUUCUGCUCAAGCUGCUUUUAUGCAUCUACGACCACACGGUUUGUGUAUUUGAUGUAAAAACGGAUAAAUGUCCCAAACCGGACGAGCGAUUGUAACUCCUCUGAUCACCGCCUCGCCUUGUGCCGCUUUAAUCCAACCUUUUCUCUGCAGACGUGGAGGAUCUGCACCUUGACUGCCUCUUACAGCUCCUCUCACAUAAACUGUUUCACAUGAACACUCCUGAUUUUUUUUAUUUUCUAAGGAAAGCAUGCCAAGAAUUAUUUCAGGCUCCAUUUUUUUUAUUUUGAAAAAUUAACUUUUGUAUCAUUUUAAGGUGCCUAAGUUAUGAUGAUGCAAUUUUCUGAAUGUUUUUACUUAAAUUGAAAAAAGAAAAAAAACUUGUAAAGAAAAAAAAUGUAGAUUUGUGUUUUCUCCUUUUGGUAACAGUAGCUUGUAAAGUGCUUUAGACAUCGUUUCUAUUAAACCAUCUAUUCCUAAUAAGUCCUGUCUUGUCAGCUGUUUUCUGAGCUGAGAAUGUUUCCUAACAGGAAUUUCUCCUUAUAGAGAGACAGGGGGCUUCUUGAAAAAACACUUUUAAGAGGAACUUCUGAGAAGGAAGAUGGCUGAUGUGGUAGGCGUGUGGUUUCAUAGCUUCAAAACGGACAGAGAGCCCUUCACUUCCUGUUCUCAGUCGCUCAGUUGAGGCUCUUCAGACGCGUCGACGUUUCUCUGACGAAGGGAGCGAACAAAGCGGUUCCUUCUCCUCCUUCUCCGAAGCAGCUGGAGACAUGAACGUGUGUUACAUCCUGGAUGGGGUUCUGAUCCUGUACGGCAUCAUUCUCACCGUCCUGUACUGCAGGCUGAGGAUGCGUCCAUCGAAUAAAGCAUCCGGCAGCCACCCAGAGAAGCAGCCUGCAGGCGGAGGCAUCUAUGCGGGUCUGACGUCCCGCACCACAGACACCUACGAGACGAUCAAGAUGGACAAGAAGCCCAUCGUCUGACCUGCACACCUUCUGUGCAGCCGAAAUAAACAUAUACAUAUUUAAAUAUAGCUUUAUACUCUGGUUAUAUGUACUUUUUAAAUUACUUUUACUCCUUUUUCCUUU